AAAAUGAUGGUACAUUAGCUUGGUGGGCCUCAGCUUCCCUCGGAGUGUUUAUUUUAAACAGAACAGCCAGUCAUGAAAGUGUAAAAAACAAAAAGGAUGCAUUUUCUUCAUUGACCAUUUCCCCACUCCCUAACUGAAGAUUCAUGAUGAUGAACCGGGUACAACCAGAAAAUGUGCACUCCACUAUAUUUACUCCUCGGGAGUAUCAGGUGGAGUUGGUGGACGCUUGCCUGCGACGAAACACACUCUCGGUAUUGGCAUCUCGCUCCACUCGUACAUUCCUGAUCACCAUGGUGACCCGAGAGCUUGCUCACCUCACCCGAAGCAAGGACCAAGGAGGCAAGGGGCAACGAACUUUGAUUACCGGGUGGUCAGGCCCAGGCCUUGUUCGUGCCGGGGAAGCCAUUCAGCAGAACACCAACCUAGUCGUCACCACCUACACCACACUGGACCAGGUUGAUAAUUGGCCAACAUCUCGCUGGAAUCAAGCUUUUAGGGAGGCUCAGGUGUUAAUAAUGACCGUAGAUGUGAUGGAGCAAGGAUUGCAAGCAGGAGUAUUGCCACUAGACAUGCUCAACCUUCUUGUCAUUACUGAUGCUCACCGAAUGGCAACUUCUCCUACUAUUGCAAAGAUUCUAAGUCGAUGUGGAAAUUGCCGAAUCCUAGGCAUGAGUUCUCCUGUGUUGAGUCAUACCUGCUCUCCACCACAACUUGAGUCUUUUCUUAAUCACCUUCAGAAAGCCUCCUCUUGUAAAGUUGAUACUGCCUCAGAAAUAGUCACUGUAUUAAGGUAUGUAAAUAAGCCUGUUGAGAAAAUUGUGAUGUGUCGUGAUCCGUCUCCAGAGGAACGUCUGGAGGUGGAGCUGGAAGUCCGACGUUUAGUGGCGGAUGCUCUGGGUUUCCUUGGUGACCAUCGUUAUGAUCUUGUAGAAGUUUAUGGUCCGGAAUAUCAAGAGUUCUGUGAUGGAUUACCUGAUCCUAAUAAUGAACCAAGGCAAAUCUUGAUGGACUUCCUGGAUGUGCUCAAUAAUUUAGGGCUGUGGUGUGCUGAUAGGGCAGCUUUGUACGCUUUAGUAGAAGUGGAGAAAUUAAAGAAGAAAACGGCUUAUGAUCGUCACUACCUCCUCCUCUGCAUGAUCUUCACUGUCAUGGCACGAAUAAGGGCUGUUGUGGAACAAGCAUUUGAUAAAUACACAGAAUUGGAUCAGAUCUUAAAAUUUUCUACUCCCAAAGUUCUGCGUUUAGUUGAAAUUCUUCGUCAGGUGCGGCCGCUCAAUUUUAUUGACCCUCGCAAAAGAAAAGAUAAAGUGGAAAGUAACGAAAUGGCUAGAAUUGAAGCGGCUCCAACUGGAGGUGAAACUGUGAAUGAUGGAUCUUUAGUAAAAGAAAAUGAAGUUGCAAUGGUCCAAGAUGUAAAAGAAGAGAAUUUGAUUAUAGAAGCCAAUGCUAAUGUCACAUUAGGGGAACCAUCAGUUGAGAAUAUAGCUCUGGAAGAUCAUACAAAUAUUCUUUCCCCAGACAAAAUUUUAAAUAAUGUUGACUCGGUCCAUGAAGAAAUGAAUAGCCAAACUUUUCAGUCUGUUGUAGAAAAUUCAAAAAAUUCAUUUGAAAAUACCGAAUUUGAUGGUAGUUUAGUCAUUGAAAAUGUAUGUAAGACAGUUCCUAAGUCACCUAGUAAAAACAAUCAGAUAUGUGAUUACAUUUUAAGUGAGAGUGUGCACAAGUCCCCUGGUAAAUUAGCCCUGUUGGACUCGGCUGCCAGUGAGUCCAGUGUUGUGUCGUCAAGAUUACUUGGGCAGGGGGCCGAUAAGACGAAGGAAGCUGGUGGGAAGUCUUCGUGCAAUGUGUGUGUGUCUGUCAUUGAGGACUCUGGUGCAACUGGUGAGUGUGGUGAUGGUGUGUCUGGUGAGUCUGGUGAUGAGUCGGAUGAGAUUGGAGAUGGGUCAGACGAGACUGGUGAUCAGUCAAGUGAGACUGACGACGUGUCGAGUGAAAUCAGCGAUGAUGUGUCGAGUGAAACUAGUGAAGCAUCUGGCGAAACUAAUGAUGUGUCGGGUGAAACUAACGAUGUGUUGGAUGACACUUGUGAUGUUUUGGAUGAAAUGGGCGAUGUGUCAGCUGAUGCAGAGUCGGAUGCACCUGCCUCAAAGUUCUCCACAGAAUGUACAAUCAAGGCUGUGUCUGAGUCACAUACAAGUGAUUUGGAAUGUUGUACUAAUGGAAUAGAUAUUAAUGAAUAUAUGGUCCCACUGUCAGGUUCUAUGGAAGAAAUUACUGCAAAUAAGUUCAAAGAAAGUAGCAGAUUUCAGAAUGGUAUCAAGCAUGUGGGAGAUAGUGUAGAGAAUGGUAGCACUAUGUUUAUUGACAGUAUGCAAAGUACAGUACAAAUGGAUCCUGAUACAACACAAAUCUCUUGCAAUAUAUACGAAGCUAUAAACAAUAAGGAGAGUGAAGAUGGCUCAGUCUUAGAAGACGAUUUAUGUAGGCUUAAUAUUAAGGAAUCAUCUUGUAUAGAUGGCUGUGAACUAGAAAUUUUAUUGGGCUGUGAUCCAUGUAAUGGACAUUUGAGUGCCAAAAGCGAACCUCAAGAUACUGCCAAGUUACAAAAUAUUAAAAAUGUAAUACUAUGCAAUGGAUUUGCACAAGGCGGUCAUAAAUGUUUGACAUCUAGAAUCUCAAAGAAGAAUGUUGAUUUGAAAUUAAAUGGCUACAUUGACCUAGAUGAGCAUCAGUCAGGUUGUGAAGAUGGAAGUGAUAGUGUGUGUGUAGCAAAGGCAGGUAUUGAAAGCUGUGACUCAGUACAAAACCAGUUUUGCAUGGAAACUUGUCAACACAAAGAUUCCUUAGCUGAAACUUCUGCUUUUCUUGCUACCUCUGAGCUGCCCACUGAGGCAGUUGCUGCUGCUGCUGCUACUCAUGUCAGUACCACAACAAGUUCUCAUAAUGGAGUUAUGCUUGAGGAUAAUAUUGAGCAAAUGGAUGCUUCAAAUAACAUGGAAGAAACUAAGGUUAAUAUAGAACAAUCAGAGGUAACAUCAAUGCCAGACAAUGCCACAACAAAUUCUCAUAAUGGAGUUACUGUUGAUGACAAUGUUGAGCAAAUGGAUGCCUCAGAUAACUCUGAAGAAAACAAAGUUAAUGCAGAGGAAUCAAAGAUAACCUCAACACCAAACACAUGCACAGCAAGUGUGACCAAUUUUCCAGCUAACUCGGGUGUUGGUUUAAAUUCAAACAAAGAAAAAGAUCAGGCUGGAUCGUCUGCCCCGGCGGUGUCCUCGGAGGCCGCAGCCAUGGCUGACACGCUGGCAUUGCUGCUUCCGAGUGGUGGUAAGGGACGUAAACGACGUGACGAUGUGAAGGAGAAGGUAAAAGUCCAUAACCCGGAGGAUCCCGACUCUGUGUGUGGACUAAUCUUCGUGCAUCACCGUAAUAUGGCCAAAAUUAUAUACAGACUCCUUAAGGAGCUAAGUGAUAUAGGUGGGGAUUACGCUUGGAUCUUCCCUCAAUACACCGUGGAAGCCAAGGAAAGCGUGAAGGAUGACCCGAGGGCUGCAGAGGCUGAGCAUAAAAAGCAGGAGGAAGUUCUCAGACGAUUCCGUCAUCAUGAGUGCAACGUAUUAGUAUCCACACGUGUUCUUGAAGAAGGAAUUGAUGUCCCCCAGUGUAAUCUUGUCUUACGGUUUGACCCUCCCACUGACUAUCGAUCAUACGUGCACAGUUGCGGUCGUGCAAGGGGCCAGGAUACGUUUUAUUUUCAUUUAAUCACCAAAACACAACAAGACAGUUUCCUUUGUGAUAUGGCAACAUAUUCUGCCUUUCAGCAGGUGCUGGUAAGUCGGUGUGGAAGCGUGGAAGUGGGCACAGACGUAGAAGUUAUGGCCGAGGAGGCUAAUAGUGCACAUCCUCCCUACAUCACUCCUGCCAGUGCUGCUGUUACCAUGGCGUCAGCAAUAGGGCUUCUGAACAAAUAUUGCGCAAAGCUGCCGAGCGACACCUUCACUCGUCUGACAGCCAUGUGGGAAAUUGAAGAAAGUGAAACUAAUUCUGGCAAAUACUGCUGUAGGAUAAUGUUGCCAAUUAACUCGCCCCUUAAAGGAACUAUUCAGGGCCCAUGGCAAGAAAAGAUGUCCUUGGCUAAAAUGUCUGCUGCUCUAGAAUGUUGCCGUAUCCUACAUCAGAUAGGGGAAUUGGAUGACCAAUUACAGCCUGUUGGGAAGGAAAGCAUGAAACUUGAUGACCAUCUUUGUGCACCUCCAGCAGAUGAUCAAGUACCUGAAGGAAUGCCUCGUCCAGGAACUACCAAGAGACGACAGUAUUAUUACAAGAAGGUUGCAGAAUGUUUGACAGGAGAACAGCCAAAGGAGGAGCUGGAUUUAUAUGUGUACAAAUUAGACAUGGUGCUGACCUGCCCUAUACCAGAUGAGCAAAACACGCGUGGCCGUAAGAUUUAUCGACCCGAAAAGUCUGCACGCUCGUUUGGCAUUGUCACAACCAAACCCAUUUCACAGGUUAGCGGUUUUCCGGUGUUCACGCGAUCAGGGGAAGUUGUUGUCCAUGUGCGUCAAGUAGGGAGGAGAGAGCGGUAUACGCAAGAUCAGCUGGCAGCUUUGCAGUGCUUCCACAAGUUUACCUUUACUCAUGUGUUGCGACUGGAGAAGUACCCUAUAAAGUUUGACCCUACUAAUGCAAAGACGGCUUUCUACAUUGUUCCGCUUAACAAGUUAGUUGAUGGGUGUGAGGACAUUGACUGGGAGUUUGUUACAAAAAUUCAGUUGGAAGGAGACCCGAGACCAGUUCCUCCUCUUGAUGAUGAUAGAAAGAAGUUCCAGUUCGAACAUAGCCUGUACGAAGAUGCUGUUGUUAUGCCGUGGUAUAGAAAUCAAGAUCAGCCUCAGUACUUCUAUGUGGCAGAAAUAUGUGCUCACCUCAACCCUCAGAGUGACUUCCCAGAUGCUGGUUUUGAGACUUUUGAAAAAUACUAUUUAACAAAGUAUGGGCUUCAGAUUUGUAAUUUAUCUCAACCUUUGCUUGAUGUCGACCAUACGUCGGGCCGUCUGAAUUUACUCACACCAAGACACGUUAACAGAAAAGGCGUUGCUUUGCCCACUACCUCAGAGGAGACCAAGCGUGCUAAACGCGAAAAUCUGCAGCAAAAACAAAUUUUGGUACCCGAGUUGUGCACAAUCCAUCCUUUCCCAGCGUCUCUGUGGCGUAAGGCUGUGUGUUUGCCCACCAUUUUAUAUCGCAUAAAUGCUUUACUCUUGGCUGACCAGCUGCGGAUAUGUGUGGCGAGUGAAGUUGGCCUGGGGCUUCACAUUCUUCCUUCAGACUUUUCCUGGCCUCCCUUGGAUUUUGGUUGGAGCCUUGCUGAUGUGCUGAAGAAGAAUCAGGAUAACCAAAUGCAGGAGGAGAGUGCCGAAACCAAAACGGAAAACAUUUCGAAACAAAAAUCGAAGAAAGCCGAAUCACUGGGUAGUGAAUCCCCGCCCAUAAAGAAAAAGAUCACCAAAAAUGGCAUCGACAUGGAAAUAGGUACUUGGUCUAACGACAUGGCCGUUGAUCCUCCUACUCCCCCGUAUGGCAUAGAUGAUAUGAAUACUACAGAUGAUUUUGAGAUUGAUACUUUUGAUCCAAAUGUGGCUCUCCCUGAUAAUUUAACAUUACUGGAUGGGUUUACGACUGUUGACGACGAUACAGAAGGAGAAUUAGGUGCCGACUGGGGUACUGGCAUUACGGAACGCAAGUCAAAAAACGGUUGCCACAAGGAUAGUAGUGGAGAGGUUUUCAGAGUGGGUUCGCCAUCAAACUUUGAAAUUGACGGUUGGGAUAUGUUUGGUGGACCCGGUAGCUCUGGUUAUGGAGGAGGCUACAAUGGUUAUGGUUCCUAUGAUGCUUAUGGAGGUUAUGGAGACUUUCAGGGCUUGGCGGAUGAUCUUGAAGGCUGUGAAUCGGAUGUUUCUUCCGAUAUGGAUGAUGAUGACAAAAGUCAGGCAGAGAAGAUGUGGGAUGAGGAAGGGAGUAAAAGACGGGCAAGUAUGGCCAUUGAUGAAGGUUCCUCUGAUGAAGAAAUUGAUUUGCAGUGGCCCUAUGAGGAUGAAACAAUUAGAAAAGAGAAAGAAGAAGAAUUCCAUCAGUUUCUUAAUGAAAAACAAAGUUCAAUAUUAGGAAGUCCAUGUUACCUGGCUGAGAAUGACCCACUCAUCAUAGAGAAGGCACACAGAAAGAUAACAAAUGAAAAUAAAACUUUAUCAACAGAAAGAGAGAAUUUACCUGUAGGAAAAUAUACCUUACAAGGCUGUGAACAAAUAUAUUCCAUAGGCUGUGAUAACGCUCAACAAACUACCUCACCUGCCACAAGGAUUGUCAACCGUACUGAGACUCUUUCUGUUGUUAAACUAGACAAUGGUGCUGACUCUUCCUCUUGGAUGAAUAACUCUGGUGAAGCUUCCUUUAGUUUUGAUUACCAGCCAGAUCUCAUAAACCAUCCUGGCCCACCGCCCAGCAUCAUCCUUCAGGCACUCACAAUGUCUAAUGCAAAUGAUGGGGUCAACCUUGAGAGGCUUGAAACAAUAGGGGACUCUUUCCUGAAGUAUGCCAUCACCACGUUCUUGUACUGUACGUAUCCGCAACGUCACGAAGGCAAGCUCAGUUACCUGCGGUCCAAGCAAGUUAGUAACUUAAAUCUGUAUCGGUUGGGUAAGCGAAAGGGCCUUGGAGAGUGCAUGGUUGCUACCAAGUUUGAACCUCAUGAUAAUUGGUUGCCUCCUGGCUAUUUUGUGCCACGCGAAUUAGAAGAAGCAUUGAUUGACUCGGGAGUUCCUGCUGGUCAUUGGAACAUGGCUGAUUUACCAGGACUUCAUGAUUUGGCUAGUGACGAGAUACGGCGAUUAGUUCAAGAGCGGUCGGAACAAAUAAAGCGUAGUAAAACGGAGCACGUAACGAGUGAAUUAAUGGCCACACAAAAUCCUCAUGAUUUACCCAUCUUUAUCCCAUACAAUUUGCUCACUCAACACAGUAUUCCUGAUAAAAGUAUUGCCGACUGUGUUGAGGCUCUAAUUGGUGCUUAUCUUACAACUUGUGGUCCACGUGGUGCAUUACUUUUCAUGUCUUGGCUUGGAAUCAAGGUAUUACCGUGUAAAGUGGACGAGGAAUCUGAAACGGUUUUGCAAAUUACUUACGGUCACCUGGAGCCACCUCAGUCACCUCUCUAUCAUUGUCCAGUAACGGAUACUUACAUGCAGCUGGAGUUGCUACUCAGUGGGUACACGGUAUUUGAGGACAAGAUUGGAUACACAUUUCGGGACCGUUCGUAUUUGCUUCAAGCUUUCACUCAUGCUUCAUAUUACAAGAAUCGUCUUACCGACUGCUAUCAGAGACUCGAGUUCUUAGGAGAUGCUGUUCUUGACUACCUGAUAACUCGCCACUUGUAUGAGGAUAAGAGACAGCACUCUCCAGGCGCUCUUACGGAUCUGCGCUCGGCCCUGGUUAACAACACUAUAUUCGCAUCUUUGGCGGUGAAAUAUGACUUCCACAAGUAUUUUCGCCAUUUUUCCCCGGGUUUGGACCGUGUGGUGAGGGACUUUGUUAAGAUGCAGGAGGAAAAUGGCCAUAAGAUCAACGAGGAAUAUUACUUCAUGGAAGAAGAUGAAUGUGAAGCAGCAGAAGAUAUUGAAGUUCCUAAAGCGCUGGGUGAUGUGUUUGAGAGUGUAGCUGGAGCUAUUUUCUUGGACUCGGGUGGCUCCUUGGAUGCUGUCUGGUCCGUGUACUAUACCAUGAUGUGUCGAGAGAUUGAGCAGUUCAGUGGCGUAGUUCCCAAGUCGCCCAUUCGUGAGCUCUUGGAAAUGGAACCUGAGACAGCUAAGUUUGGCAAGCCAGAGCGACUAGUAGAUGGUAAGGUCAGGGUAUCGGUGGAAAUAUUUGGAAAGGGUUCGUUCUCUGGAGUUGGCCGCAAUUAUCGUAUUGCCAAGUCAACAGCAGCGAAAAGAGCAUUAAGACACCUGAAGAAGCUUCAGAUGAUGGCCAGUCAAGGUAUCUAAUGUAAGUUAAAUAAAUCGGGGUCGUAAGAGCAGGACUCGCUGGUAAUAUUAUAAUCAUGUUUGAGAUAAAUAUUCAGGAAUAUAUGGAUGAAUUAGUUAAAAUCUUCAUAUUUAUAUUAUUAGUUUGAACAUGUAAAUUCCUGAAGAUUGUACAGCUGAAUGGCAACUUAUUAUGUUUCAGUAUUUCUUGUCAUUUUCUGGGAAUUACCAAGAUAUGGACAAUGAAUUUGGGUAGUUAACCUGUGUUAGGAAUUUAUCGUCAAAAGUCAAUUUUUUAGUGUAUCCAUUUUGAUGAAGUUGUAUCAAAUGUGCAUCCAAUUUUGUUUAUAAUUUGUUACAUAUUAAGACUGUAAUUGUUGUAAUUGGAUUAUUUUUCAGUAUUAAAUGUAAAUAAGCAACAGUUUCAUUAUAUUCAGUCAAUGGAUGUACUGUACAUCCCAAGAGUACAAAAAUGCAUAUAAGCUAGUGAAGAUUCAGUAAUACAGAUAAAGACUGUACUAGAGUCAAGUGCAAUUGACAUUCUUAACUAAUGCCCAAGAAAAUUUUCUUAAGACUUAUUUUAGUACUUUGUAUUUUAUGUGGGUAGGAAAUGGCACAGGGUUAGGAGCAUUCUUUAGGUGUUUUGGGCUACAUUGUCUUUUAGCAAGCAUUAACUAGGUCACAAAUGUUUUAUUUUGGGGGAAACGACUCCGAUCUUUACCGUGAUCCCGUGGCCGUGAAAGUCGCCCACUCUUCCCGUGAUCCAUUCAGUGCAGCGGGCAGUUAUACAGGUUGUUAGAAGAUGGUUACGAGUCUUUUCUAUAUAUAUUUAUAUCUAUGUACAUGCAGUAUAUGACAUUUUGGUGCGGUAUGGGGAGUUUUAAGUAUGAUCAGCUCGUUAUAGUAGUCAUCUUCUGUUGGGUUAUGUGUGUGUACACAAGGUCAAGGCGCCUCUUAAACUUGAAUUAGAGUAUGGCAGUUUUAAUGACUAUUUUGGAAAAAAAAAAGAAAAAGAAAAAUUGACAUAUUGUGUUAGCUUUCAUGGGGAGGUAAUACUGUGUCCCGGUGAUUAAAUACUGAUAUUUUUUGUCUCGAUAUAUAUGGGUCUUUGGUGUUUAGUUUGGUUCACUCUUGACUGUCUUCUAGUGACCUAGCACUAUAACUGCACCUCCAUUAUGCUGUGAUUCUUUACCUGACAUUGAGUUCAAAUAAUGUUUAUUAUCUCAUAUAAUAGUUAUAUGGUGUUUUUAAGUGCAAAUUUGUUUAUUAUAUUGUUAAAUUUUACUUAAAUUAAAAUUUAAACAAAUUCUUAAAUGUUAUCUUAAGUUAUAUAUACUUGUAAUAUAAACUGCCAUGGUCUAGGAUUUUAUGCAUUUAGUAAACCAAAGUCAACAAGUGAGACUGCUCAUUACCACACUAAAACUUUGUUGUAUAUCACCUGGGGUAUCGCGUGCGUAUGUGGGACACUAUAUUGUGUAGCUCUGCUCUGUGCUACACACAAACACACACACACACACACACACACACACACACACACACACACACACACACACACACACACACACACACACACACACACACACACACACACACACACAAAACACACAACACACACAACACACACAACACACACACAUAUAUAUACAUAUACACACUCUCCACCUCUGUUCCACAUGACCACCACCCCACUCCCCCCACCAAUCCCUUGUAACCAAUCGCCAAUCGUAAUGGAUUGGCGCUUCUCCCCCCUGAAAGUUUCCUUCCUUUCUUCCCUGCCUCUUUCCCCCAAUCCAAUCCCCCAACCCCACUCCAGUCAUCCUCCCACACAAGCGUGUACACACACACACACACACACACACACACACACACACACACACACACACACACACACACACACACACACACACACACACACACACACACACACACACACACACACACACACACACACACACACACACACACACACACACACACGUACAAACACUAGCCCUUUCCAAGCGUCUUAAUAUCUCCAUAUAUAUUAUUUAUAGUGCAUAAUUAUUGCCUGUGGUGUAUAGGUGUAUAUUUCAGUGAAUGUUUGGCAUUACACUAAACUCAUUUAGAAUUCCUCCAAAUUUAUGUAUGCUCAAGAAAUGUAUAGUCUGUAUAUGCCUAUGCUCUUAUAAUUAUUUGUUGUCAUAGAGUGUUCUUUUCUGUGUUGAGGAUAGUAAAUGGCCGCCAACAUUUUCACCCUCAAUCUUCUAUAAAAAUUAAUAAUUGUUGUCAUUUUAAUUUCCUGUCACAAAUGAGCUAUUUCUCAAACACUGAAUUUCUUCAGGAUUUAAAAUUAUCUCUUAAAGGGAAUAUAUGAAACAUAGAGCAAAGUAUUGUAGACAUGGGUCUCAUUCUUAUCAAAUGGGGGGGGGGGGGAAGACAUCACCACAUGCUUGUACAAUACUGAUAAACAAGAAUGUGGGAAAGGAAACGUAGUUCUCGGUCAACAUGUACAGGACGAGAAAGUGGAAGGAGAAAAACACGACGGGCAGAAAGGCAGAGGUUACCAAAAGAAAAAAAAAUAGAAUUAAGAGACAAUUAUUAUUAAAGGUGCAAUAUAGAGAAAAAGACAAUAGGCCGCAAAAUGGCACGACGUUAUGAAUGAACUCAAAGACUAAGGGUUUGGGUGCCAUUUUUUUAUACAGCGCCAUAAUGCUUUAUUGGCUGACUUAUAAGCAACAGAUCUACUACAAGCAUUUAACUGCCAUUAUUUACUUUUCACUUGCAGCCCCCACCACAUGCAGUAUAUUUAAAUACUUCACAGUACCUUUACAUUUAUUUUUGUAGUCUUUUGUCAGUUAGCAUAAUGUUUAAAUUGCUCUGAAUGUCAGAAUAGAACAAAUCUUAACUGUGUGUGGGUGAUUAUUUUAUAGUUUCACUUGUUGACUGAAAGAAAUGUUUAUACUUAUAUGAUUAUAUAUGUAUAUAUAUAAUUGUAUAUAUAUAUAUAUACAGUAUAUUAAAUUUGUUAAAAACAAAGUGCCUUCUAUAAAUCAAGUCGUGCACUACUGGUUUAUGUUUCAAGGGUUUUUUCACACAUUUUUGUUUUAUUACAUAAAUUUUUGUUUGUAUUUAAGCUGAGAAUGUAAUUAAUGCCUCUAAUGUUUAUGGUGUGAUGGUGGUAAAGGAGUAAUUGGACAAGAUAUUACUUGAUUUAUCAUUGCGCAGAUUCAUGUCUUAUCUUCUAGUAGUCUGUGGUUACGUAACUCUAAUGUCCACUGAAGGAAUGGCUCUCGUAUAUUGCUGUAGUUUUAUCGUUUAGAUGUCAUUAUUUACAAAUUGUUUCAAAUUAAGUUAUUCAUAAUUGUUCAUUUUUAUUAGGUAAUGGCGAAACAAUUUCUAUUUGGCUUAUGGCAAUAUUUAUGACAGUUCAUGGUGAUGAUUUGUAGGUGAAUUAUGUAAUAGAAAAUAGAUCUCCACAAACUUACAGUAUUUUAAGCCAAGAAAAUAAAUUCCAGCUUAUUUACCAAUUUGAUUGGUUAAUUUCUUUCAUUCUUUCAGUGUCCUUUUCUCUCACUCUUUCACUCUUUCUUUGCAUAAAGUCGUGUUUAUUGAUAAAAUACCGAGUCGUAAAUUUUAAAUUUCUGAGUGACCUGUCCAGCAUUAUUGUGUAUAGUGCUCUGAAUGCCCUUUAACUAGUCACUUCUUUUGAUAUUUGGUCAUGUAUUGAGGUUCUGAUAGGUUAGCCAUGUUGUAAUUCCUCAAUAUGCCAAAAAAUUUCCAAACUUGAUAAAUGUCCAAACUUUUAAAUCUUUUCCUUAUUUUUUUAACUCGUCACUGUUUUAGGUAUAUUGAAUAUAAACUUUGAUACAAUGAGACUAUUUCAAUAUUAAUAGUGAAUAUCUGGAUAGCAUUUUUCUAUAAUGGUAAAGCAGGUGUCGGAAAAACCCUAUUUUUCUGUAAAAGUGCCAUCCAUGGGCUGAGGGAGGUAUAGUUUGCCUUUAUCGAGGUGCAUCUUAUUAAGUGAAGAGCACGUAAGUCGGCUGUAGUUACGAGAUUAUUAUAAGUUCAAUCUACAGCUGUUAGUGUUUCAAUUGUUUAGUCUUGUUUGAUUGGUCUGGUUUCCUAGAUGUGUAAUGUGUUAUAAUGUUGGUGUGCGGACAAGCUUGGAUCCUUGGUUAUGAAUUUUUCCUAGUCAAAAUAUGAUCCAAGGUUGUAUCUGUUCUGAACGGGGGGCUUACGUAGGGUAAGUGGUGUCAGGUAGGCAAUUCAUUUACUGUACUAGUGCCAUUGCAGGUGUAAUCGCUAGCUGCUAGUGCCUCUUAGCUUACAGUCAGAGAGGCAUUGACAGCUAGUGUCCUCCUCAUGUGAUUCACUCCCUGCAGUGGUGCUUAUCCAUCUAGUUAUUAAGUGACUUAAGUUUGUGAAUAAAGUUGAGUUUGCUUAGCUAUUUAAUAUUGUUGGAGUGUAACAUUGAGGAAGUGAUUUUAAGACAAAAUUCUUUUUGAGUUUAAAGGAGUACUAAUAAUGAACCUAAGUAAUACUUUUAAUUUCAUAUUAAAAAUAAAAAAAAAAGGUCCUCAAUUUUGCAUUUUGGAA